AUGAAGCUGUUUCUGGUUCUCAUUAUUCUGCUGUUUGAGGUACCCAAAGAUGAAGCACGACACAGAAGAUGCUUUAGUAGCAUAUCAGGUUACUGCAGGAAGAGAUGCUACCUGGGAGAAACAUAUGAAAUAGCAUGUGUAAACGGAAAAUUAUGUUGUAUUAAUGACGAUGCAAGGAGACAAUAUCAACAAGACACAGAGCCACCUGAACCUUCAAGGAAGCCUGAUCAUAACUUGGACUAUGCUAUCUUACCCACUGUCACACUUAGCACAAUUUCACUAUAA